CGUAGAAAACCUCAAUCGCAAAAACCCUCAAGUACACACAACACUACAUUAAUACACCUUUCGAAUUAAAUUCUCCAUUAUAUUUUCUCUGAUAAGUUUCGUUUGUUCGUGCGAAAAAAAAGUUUCGUUUGCGUUUAUGGUUAAUGAAAAAUUAGAGAAGAAAAAACAUUUGCAAAAUCUCGUCACUGAUUCUGAUUUCAUCCAAUAAGAUUCCGGAGUCUAAACAAUGUUGGGUGAGACAUCUAGCAAGAAUCCAAGAAUCAGCCACGUGUCCAUUUCCACCGGAGAUAUCUGCAGCGAAUUCGGAAGCAGCUCCGAUUUCGCUAACUACACCGUCCAUGUCCCUCCGACGCCGGAUAACAAUCCGGCUCCGCUUCACAUCGCUCUCCAAGACAUCGACACCGGUUCAUCUUACAAAGACGACGACUUGGAUCAAACCGAACUGAGAAUCAGUGAAGAAGAAGAUGCCUUGCUCUACAAGAUAUCUCAGCCCUUAACUCGUGUUGUCAAAAUCUCUCCGAUCAUCAUCGCUCUGUAUCGGAUUUUAAUAUUUGUCCGAAUCGUAUCACUAUGUCUGUUUCUAUUUUGGAGAGUCAAUAACGCAAAUGAGAAAGCAAUCUGGCUAUGGGGUCUCUCUGUAAUCUGCGAAAUCUGGUUUGCUUUCUCUUGGUUAAUCGACCAAAUCCCUAGGCUGUAUCCGGUUAACCACGCAACCGAUACCGAAGCCUUGAAGGCGAGAUUCGAAUCACCAAACCCGAACAACCCGACCGGGAAAUCGGAUCUUCCUGGAAUCGAUGUGUUUGUUUCAACUGCUGAUGCAGAGAAGGAGCCACCGUUGGUUACAGCCAACACAAUCCUUUCGAUAUUAUCCGUCGAUUAUCCUAUUGAGAAGCUUUCUUGCUAUCUCUCCGACGAUGGAGGCUCGCUUCUAACGUUUGAAGCAAUGGCUGAAGCAGCUAGCUUUGCGAAAAUAUGGGUACCUUUUUGCAGGAAACAUAAGGUCGAGCCGCGGAAUCCGGAAAGUUACUUCGGUUUGAAGAAAGAUCCUUACAAGGGUAAGGUGAGGCAUGAUUUUGUUAGAGAGCGAAGGUAUGUGAAAAGGGGUUACGAGGAGUUUAAGGUUCGGGUUAACGCAUUGUCUCAUUCGAUUAGAAGGAGAUCUGAUGCGUUUAAUAGCAAAGAAGAGAUCAAAGCCUUGGAGAAAUGGAAGAACUGGAAAGUGAAAGUUGAGGAAGACCAAGUCAAGGAACCAAGGCCUGCUAUAGUAGCUCCUAAAGCUACUUGGAUGAGUGACGGCACGCAUUGGCCGGGUACUUGGACUGUUCCUUGUCAGAACCAUUCGAGAGGUGACCAUGCUAGUAUUAUACAGGUGUUGCUUAAUCCUCCUGAAGAUGAACCGCUUAAUGAGAGAGGCGGUGAGGAGUGCGCACUGGAUUUCGAAGGAGUAGACACUCGUUUACCGAUGUUUGUGUACGUGAGCCGCCAGAAACGGCCUGGUUAUGAUCAUAACAAGAAGGCAGGAGCUAUGAACGCUUUGGUCCGAGCCUCAGCUAUAAUGUCUAAUGGACCGUUCAUAUUGAACUUAGACUGUGACCACUACGUCUACAACUCUAUAGCCUUUAGAGAUGGGAUCUGUUUCAUGAUGGACGAAGAUGGCGACCGCGUCUGCUAUGUUCAGUUUCCGCAGAGGUUCGAAGGCAUAGAUCCCUCUGACCGCUAUGCUAACAAAAACACUGUUUUCUUCGACAUUAACCUGAGGGCUCUCGAUGGGAUUCAAGGUCCGAUGUAUGUCGGGACAGGGUGUUUGUUCCGAAGAACAGCGCUUUACGGUUUCGACCCGCCUGAUCUUCCUGUGGAGACAGAACCGUCUGGAUGCUGUUGCUGCUGUUUCCCACGGGAAAAGAAACGCAGUCCCGCAACCGUAGCUUCUCAACCAGCGUACUACGUAGACGUUGAGGAGGAAGAUCAGUUUGAUGUCAAUCUGAUUAGGAAGCAUUUCGGUAGCUCGAGUAUGCUAGUGAGUUCCGUAAAGGUCGCGGAGUUCCAAGGUAAGCCAUUAGCCAUGGGACAUUCCAGCAUACGUGGACGCCCUCCUGGCUCCUUGACAUGCGGCCGCGAGCCACUGGACGCCGCGGCCGUGAGCGAGGCGGUUAACGUUAUCUCAUGCUGGUACGAGGACAAGACUGAAUGGGGAAUCAGCGUCGGGUGGGUCUACGGAUCGGUUACCGAAGACGUGGUGACAGGUUUUAGAAUGCAUGAGAAAGGAUGGAGAUCCUUCUACUGCGUAACUGAACCAGACGCGUUCCGUGGAUCCGCGCCGAUAAACUUAACCGAUCGGCUCCACCAGGUUCUCCGUUGGGCUACAGGAUCAGUUGAGAUCUUCUUCUCCAGAAACAACGCUGUUUUAGCUGGUAGGAAACUCAAGUUCCUCCAGAGAAUCUCCUACCUCAACGUCGGAAUCUACCCGUUCACCAGCGUUUUCAUCUUAACCUACUGCUUCCUCCCUCCGUUAUCUCUCUUCUCCGGCCAGUUCGUGGUUGAUAGCCUUGCGCCAACGUUCCUUGUUUACCUUCUGACGAUCUCUUUGUCUCUAUGUGGGUUAGCUGUUCUUGAAGUCAAGUGGUCAGGGAUCUCGUUAGAAGAAUGGUGGAGAAACGAGCAGUUCUGGUUAAUCGGUGGCACCAGCGCUCAUUUAGUCGCUGUUCUUCAAGGUAUCCUCAAAGUCAUCGCCGGAAUCGAAAUCUCUUUCACGUUGACUUCGAAAUCUUCUGGAGAUGACGAAGACGACGAGUUCGCUGAUCUCUAUCUGUUUAAAUGGACGUCUUUGAUGAUCCUCCCGUUAACGAUCAUAAUCUUGAACAUCGUGGCGAUUCUUUUCGCGUUUUGUCGGACCGUUUUCAGUGAUAAUCCACAGUGGAGCAAUCUCGUUGGUGGGACUUUCUUCGCCGCUUGGGUUUUGGUUCAUAUGUAUCCGUUUGCCAAAGGAUUGAUGGGAAGAAGAGGAAGAACUCCGACAAUUGUUUAUGUUUGGUCGGGACUUAUCGCUAUUUGCAUCUCUCUUCUCUACGUUACCAUUAAGAACUCGGAGCUUAACGGAGGAUCAUUUCAGUUGACUUAAAAGAUUAUUUUUCUUAUGGAUGUUUUUGAUUAUUUUCUUGACUCUCUAUGACGUUGAUCUCGUUAAUCUUUUUCGUUUUAUUUGGCUCCCUUGCUUACUAUUGAUAUUUUACUACUGCCUUGUUAUGCAUGUGAUCACAUAAAG